UAAUGGAUGAUAAUAGAUGUAAUGUUCCGCAUUUUUAUCCAAUUUCGCCGGUAGCCGUUAAUGUUGAUCAAUUGGGACAAUCCGUAAAUCCCCCGGGUGGAUGCUUUACCACCUUACCGAGUCCAGAAUACGGGGCAAAACAACUCGACCCGUCAA